AUGGAGUCUCAGUAUCUGAAGAGAUGCCUGGGAGAUUGCUUAAAAAAGGGACUGGCAGAGGUUGUAGAGCAUCGGCCAGCAGAUCCAAUAGAGUAUCUGGCUCACUGGAUUUACAAUUACAGAAGAAUCUUGGAUGAAGAAAAAAAGAGAAUGUUGGAGAGGACUGAGCUGGAACAAGAACGAGAGGCAGCCCUGCAAGAACUUGAAAUGCAAAGAAAAAUGAAGGAAGAAGAAUUAAUGAUCCAGCAGAAACUUAAAGAACAGCAGCAGAGCCAGGUGGAAGAGGAACACAAGGAGCCGGACUUGAACAAUGAAGAAGACAAACUGCUGCAACAGGAUGUUCAAGAGGAAAAUGAAAAGGUAUCUGAAUUUGCAGAUGGACCUGGCACACCUGAUUUGACAACAAUUGAGGAGCUAGAUGAGAGUGUACAGUUUGAGGGAUAG